UACAAACAAGAAGAUUCACACGUUUGCUGGUCCGCAGAGGCGGUGCGUGUUAUUUUGCAAAAUCGGGUGAAGUCGCGUUGCCUGUGCGGGCGGCCCCGUGCAGCAAAACAAGCGUCUCGGAUACAAACUGACACUGACUGGGCCGCUGCUCCCCCAGAAUGAACAACGUGUUUCAGGAAGAAGUUGGCGCCUGAAGCCCCGUACGCGGCUACCUAACACGCUAACCGAAAGUAUGAGAGAGAGUCCGUUGUAAUGGUUUUUUCCUUUCAACCCUAUUAAAGGAAUUCAAAAUGAACGACACGGAGUUCAGUGUCCCGCUGUCCUCGCUGGCAAUCCUGGUCCCACCGCUCCGGCUGAUGUCCUCCGUGAUGUGGGAAGUGGUUCGCCAGCGCAACAUAAAGCACUACGGGAAGCUGGAGGAGUUCGUAUCCAUGGUGACAGAUGCUGUUCCUGAACUGAUGAGUAAAAGAGAAGGCCGGCUGCUCUCGCUGGGCCUGAGAGCACGGACGACUCUGGAGCUGCUGCGCUCCGAACAUCCGGAAGAUCUCAAGGCUGUUGAAAGCCACCUCAACCAAAUCCGAACAUCUUGCAUUGAGGAGACCAAUGAUCCUGUAAUUGAGGCCCCAGAGGCAAACUUCAUGAAGCUGGUGCAGGGCCUCAUUGAAGACACCCACGGCAGAGAACACUUCCUCAAGAAUGUGUUUCCAGUGGAGUACGGGCCGGACUUCGACACCGCACUGGAGACUCUGGUUUGUGAAUUCUUCACCAGACUGGAGGAGCUGCUGCCUAUUCCAGAUUUCAAACAGACGGCGUCUUGGAUCAGCGCUGCGCCCGCUGUCCUCGAGGAGUACAUGCAGUGUGUCUCCAACGGAGACGAUCUUAAAUUUCUUCUGCAAAGCAAACAGUGUCACGGGAAACUGGCUAAGUGUGCUGUCGCUCCGUUUCAGUCGGACGAUCUUCUCCUUCCCUCUCUGGCUCUGCCUCCAUCGCUGGAAGUGGCCAUCGCGUCCCACCCGGGCGCCUGUGACGAGGACGAGGACGACGUCAACAACGGCGUUCCUCAGAUCGUCAUGUUCGACGAAGAGCUGUCCACUCACCCUUCCACCUCGGCGGACUUUCCCGAAUCGCCGAAGAGGGCCGAGAUCUCCUCGUCCCCUCGCAGGAGGCAGCAGUCGGGGACGCACAAAUGCCCCGAGUGUGACAAGUGCUUCAAGCACCACUCCGUCCUGCUGGAGCACCAGCGGGUGCACAGCGGGCUGCAGCCCUACAACUGCUCCGAGUGCGGCAGGGCGUUCCGAACCGCCACGCUGCUGGCCGGCCACCGGCUGCGCAAAUGCAAGAACGCCGCCUAUCUGUGCAUUAAAUGCGGGAACAGUUUUCCAACCUCGCUGGACAAAUUCAGGCACCACUGCCCAAAGCGUGGCCGCAACUACAACUGCGGGCACUGCGGGAAAAGCUUUCAAAAGUCCAGCAGCUUGAAAGAGCACCUGCUCACUCACGUGCAAAGCCGCCUCUUCAAGUGCAGCCAUUGCGGCGUGGGUUUCUCAGGGAUCGGGGACUUGAAGUACCACCAGCAGGUCGAUCAUGACAAGCCCUACCAGUGCAAGCGGUGCGGCAAGAGCUUCAUCUCCUCCAAGUGUCUGACCAAGCACGAAGAACGGCACGAGGAGGUCGGCGACCUGGAGGCGGCCGCGCUAACGAGCCGAGGCAAACGUAGGAAGAGCGGCUCCGCUCAUCGGACGUCCUCGGCGUCGCUGUCCUCCAGGAAAGCGGCGAUCAAAGCGGCGUACCCGCGGGGACGGGUCACACAUAACUGCCCGCUGUGCGGGAGGAGCUUCAAGUAUCGCUUCGAGUUUCUCGAGCACCAGAGGUUCCACACGGCGGUGAAGCCUUACAAGUGCUCUCAGUGCGGCAAAGCCUUCCGCACGGAGGCCCACCUCUCCCGGCACAGGAAGCGCAAGUGUAAAAAUGCUUCCCACAUUUGCACAAAGUGCGGGUGCCAGUUCAGGUCCCUGCACGAGCGCGUGAGACACCAGUGUGUCCAGCUGCUGACCAAAUACGAGUGUUCCCACUGCGGGAAGACCUUCAAGAUGGCCCACCUGCUGAGGAACCAUCAGAUGAGCGAGCACCAGCUCCCCUACAGCCCCAACCAUCGGUUCCGGUGCCGAUACUGCGACGAGACUUUCCCCGGCAUCAGCGAGCUGAAGUACCACCAGAGGGUGGACCACGAGAAACCCUAUCAGUGUCAGGAGUGCGGCAAGUGUUUCCUGUCCGAAAAGUGCCUGGCCAACCACGAGCUGCGGCACAACGACGAGCGGCCCGAGAGCUGCCUGGUCUGCGGCCGCGGCUUCAGGAACCGCUACGACCUGAAGCAGCACAUGCGCACGCACACGGGCGAGCGGCCCUACCAGUGCACCCACUGCUCCCAGUGCUUCUCCACCGCGGGAGGACUGCGCAGUCACACCCGCGUGCACACGGGCGAGAAGCCGCACGCCUGCCCCGACUGCGGCAAGGCCUUCUCCCAGAUGGGGGCCAUGCGCACGCACAGGCUCACGCACACCGGCGAGCGGCCGUUCAAGUGCACGGUGUGCGGCAAGGGCUUCACCAUGGCGCACAAGGUGACGGUCCACAUGCGCGUGCACACGGGGGAGCGGCCGUACGUGUGCACGCAGUGCGGGAAGGCCUUCUCCGACGGGAGUGUGCUGAAGCAGCACAUGCUGAACCACUCGGGGGUGCGGCCGUAUCACUGCCAGAUCUGCCCCAAGACCUACACCUGUCUGAACCACCUGAGGAGGCACCUGAAGAGCCACUCCAACGUGAACUGAGUCGGGACCAAUGAGCCGAGCCGCUCACGGAGGAACGCGGGUUCCUCUUCGCUGUAAAGUCAUAUGGGGACUUUUAAAAUAUUUAAAGUAAAAGUAGUUUAGUUAUUUGCUCGGUUGCAGAUGAUUAAACACGAGUGGUGUCGAUCUUCUCAGCAGGGAAGUGAAAGUGAGUCUUUACAUCGGCUCACUCUUUCUUUCCCAGCGUCCGUUUCUUAUGCAUGAACAUGUUUGAUGUCAUUCUGGAUAUUUGUGGUGAGAUGCUGUAUGUUCAGAAGUUGUAAUAUUAAUGAAAAUAUAUAUUUUUGAGAGGUCCUUGAUAGUGAUGGAGGUGAAUCAGCUCUCUGUAAAUACGCUGAAAUACAAAUGUUGUAAAAUUCAAAAGCUAUUAUGACGGCACCAUCUAUUUCAACUUGUCUUUCUCCCAAUAGGCCUUUUUCUAUAUAAAUAUAUCUAUGCAGAACCAGUCAAGAGUUUUGACACAAUUUCGCAUUCAAUUCAAGUGUGUCCAAACUUUUGACUGGAACUGUAUAUAUUGAAUUGUUUGUUUUGAGACAUUUCAAAUUAAAUUAACCUGAGUUAUCCAUGAUGAUUUUAUUCACUCACGGAGGAACACGUGUGCAAUGGUUCUCAGAAGUGAGCGAGUGACGGUGUUCCACUAAGGGGCAGCAGCUGACCGGCAAACACUGUUCACUUGCCUGGUUGUGCGUUGGUGUCGGCGAUGGGAAACCAAUGAGUGAUGAACUAAAAGUAUAUCUGCAACACUGGAGCCAACGGAAAACGCGUCUAGAGACUAACGACACGUUCGGUGCGGCGGAAGUCGGCCCAUUUCCGGUCAUUAACUCCAUUUGGCUGGUUAGAAGUCCUCAUUAGCCUGACAUUUCCUGAUGUGGCGCCCGGCGGCAUCUGAGAGUCCAUCAGGGUUCGUCGUACCAGCAAAGCCCGUUUGAGCCUCGCUUCACAUCCGUCAGUGGGCGCGAUCUCUUUCACGUGUCCCGCUGUGACUUUCAUGUUUCUGAUGGAUGAUAUUGGCUGUUUCUUCCCCCCCAGUUUCCUUGUUUCAUGUGUGUCUCACGUCAUUUGCGGUCACUUUUGCAUAGUAGUUUUCUAUGGAACCAGACAACAAUCUUUGCCAUUCACAGAGGGAUCAACCCCAAAGAUGACUUAUCGUGGUGUGUUAAAUGUUACAAGAUGUUAGAAACCACGUUAAAAAAACCGGCCUGCACUAAACGUUCUUUCUCUGACUCAUAAAUGCUAAUCUUCUCCCCCCGGCAUCGGGGUUCGGUGGAAACUUGGGCUCGGUCCGCUCUGCCAACAGGCCUGUGCCCAAAAAAACAUUACGCAGAAGCUCUUUGCUUUAGAAAGUCUUAUCUUCAUGACUGUGGCUCCUCUGGACUCUGCUGAGGUCACGGAUCACAAGUCUCUUCUGUACAAGGUUGCUGGAACAAGGAAAACCGAGUGUUUGCUAAUGAAUUCCUCAGGUUUUAUAGUAAUAAAGUUCCCUCCCCAGGCA